GCGCAAAUGUCGACUGUGACGCUGCUAAAUAUGCUGUAAGUUGCAGUCGAAAGGAUUCAACUGGUUCAUUCUGGUCCAUGCAGAUGAAAAUGAAUCAGUUGAAACCUGAGCAUCAAGCUCUUGUGAAUGAAUUAACUGAACUUAUCUACAAUGGAUUGGAUACUGACAGUCUUUUUAACGUUCUUGUUUCUUUUGUGGAAAACAAAUAUCAAGCUGAAUUAAAAGAUGUAAAUAACCCUAAACUUAGACUUCAUAUUAUUCGGCAACGAUUUCCUUUGGCUUUUGAAGAAUCUGGUUUAAUGGAUCAAAUUAUGAACAGUUUACCAGGACUAAAUUUAAAUACACACUUAGAUAAAUUGAAAAAGGAGCAAUCAAUUUUACAAAGUGAAGCAUUUGAACUAAACAGAAAAAUUGAUUUAAUGGUUGAUCAAAUGACAAAAGUUCAAAUAAAUUCCUUUGGUCGUGUUCUACGUUUGUUUGAUAAUCGUGUUAUAGAUUUAGCCAAGGAAGAAGAAGAAAUUGUAGUUAUUGAAAAACCAAAUAAUCGUAUUUUAGAAUGUACUGUGAAUCCAUCCAGUGCACCUAUUUGGAGAACAUUGCAGCCAACAGAAUUACUUCUUGGUUUACGAUUGACACCAUCACAACCAGUAUUGUAUCGUAAAACUCAACAUACAUGGUUUCCUGGUCGUGUAAUAUCUUGUCAUUUACCGAAUACAGAUUCUUUUGCAUAUAAAUCAGAUAAAGAUAGAGCUAAAGAAAAUGAAUGCACUCAGUAUACUAUUGUUUUGGAUAAAACUAUAAAAUCAAAAUCAGAAAUCUGUUUAACUGGACCUUCAUCAUUGGCACUAGCAUUUUCUGCAGCUGAAUUAAAACAGAAAUAUCCAGUUGGUGCUCGUGUAGUUUCAAUUUAUCGAGAUGAUACUGGUGGAAUUGGUUAUUACUCUGGGUUGAUUGCUGAACCUCCCAGUGAAAGAAAUAGUCAAAGGUAUCUAUUAUUCUUCGAUGAUGGUUAUACACAGUAUUCCCCGCCAAGUGAAAUCUAUCGUAUAUGUCACCAGUCCAAAGAGAACUGGAGAAAAGCCACCGAAUCAUCUCAAGAGUUUAUUAAACGGUAUUUAGCUCAAUACCCACAGCGUCCUAUGGUAAGACUUAAACCUGGACAGAUUAUUGAAACUGAACUGGAUGGUGAUUGGAUGCCAGCAACUGUAGAGAAAGUAGAUGCAAGCUUGGCUCUUAUGAGGUUUUCUAGAACUCAUUCUGAAUGGAUUUAUCGUGGCUCUACUCGUUUAGAACCACUUUUCAGUGACUUGUUUUCUAGUCAAAGUAGAACAGUACCAAGUCAUAAUCAACGCGUUGAAGUCGAGUACAACAAUACGGAUGUCUCAUUAAACUCUGGUGCUAAACGUCGUAAAGCUCGUAAAUCAGCCACAGGUAAUCGAAAUGUAAAUGUACCAAAUUAUGCAUUAUCUGAUCGAGAUUCGUAUACAAAGAACAAUAUUACGCGUAAUAAACAAUUGGAUUAUGAUGCGGUGACAAAAAUGAAAUCUAACUCUUCUGAGAAAACUAUCAAUGGACAACGUUGUGAUGUUGAUCCGUUGAUCAGCUUAUCUGAAUUAGAAGCAGCUGGUAAUAAAUUUACCUACUUAGACAAUCUCUUCAAGGAGAUUAAUUAUAAACCGUUUGUAUCGCAUAAAUGCAGCAGCCUUUGUCUAACAAGUUAUCGAACACCACCUGCUGCUCUAUCACCUAUCUUGUGCUCUGAAAAUCCUUUGGAUUAUAAAGGUCUUAACCCAUUGGAAAUCCCUUUUCAUUGUGGCUGGUUAAGAUAUUUAUCAAAAUAUGACCCAUCAAUGAACAACAAGUGUAAUAUUACUUACAGUGCACCAUGUGGCCGUUUUUUAAGAACAAUGCAUGAAGUGGAACGAUUUUUGGAUAAGACUAAAAGUCAAUUGACAGCUGACCUGUUCUCAUUUGAUCCUACACUGGUAAUCAAUCAAGAGUUUCGUGCAGAAAAGACACUUACCAAUAUUGCUGAUCUGUCAUAUGGUAAAGAAAAUGUCCCAGUUCACUGUGUAAAUAGUGUGGACAAUGAAGUUCCUGGAUAUAUUGAUUAUAUUCCAAAUAGACAACCCAUUGGUAGUGUACCUUUGCUUAAAGAUUCCAGAUUUCUUGUCUGUUGUGACUGUACAGACAAUUGCCGAGAUCGAAAUAAAUGUGCAUGUCAACAACUGACUGUUGAGGCUAGUUCUUUAACAAAUCCAAAUGGAAUGAUUGAUAGUCAAGCUGGUUAUCGAUAUCGUCGGUUGUCACAAUUUACAGUCGGUGGAAUAUAUGAGUGUAAUUCUGGUUGUCAUUGUGAUCGUCGAUGUAGUAAUCGAGUGGUUCAACAAGGAUUAUGGGUUAGACUUCAAGUAUUCAAAACUAGUCGCAAGGGUUGGGGUAUUCGUGCUUUGAAUGCUAUCCCCAAGGGAACAUUUAUCUGUACAUACGCUGGGGCUAUUUAUGAUGAAACAAUGGCUGUUCAAGAAGGAUUUGAUUGUGGAGAUGAAUACCAAGCUGAAUUGGACUACAUUGAAACUGUUGAAAAGGAUAAAGAAGGUUAUGAGUCUACAGUUGAGGAUUUAAGUGAAAUAUUGAAUGAGACAACAACUGCUCCCAGUGAUGCAAAUAAAUCUAUAGGUGAAAACAAAACUGUUUCUUCUUCUAUUGUUCAGCAAGCAAUUGCUUCGUGUGUUACUACUAUGGAUACAAAGACUAGUACAACUCUUAUCACCACAACAGCCAACAUGUCUACUGAUAAUCUUAGAGAUGAAUCUGAAUCGGAUAACAAAUAUAAUACAGGCAGUACUGCUUCAUGUGUAUCUGAAUCAACAGUAAACUAUGCUGAUGAUGAUGAUAAAAUGAGUCGAAGUAGUGGAAUGAGCAGCAGUAAUUCAUCUAGUCGAAAUGUAUAUAUGACAGUGGAACCGUUAUCAAUAAAAUUUUCUGAUUCCCGUUUAACAAAAUCAGUUAUCCACCCUACUCAAACUAGUGUUUCAAUUGUCUCAAAUUCUGUCAAUAAUGAUAUCCAGAAGAAGAGAAAGAAAAAAGACAAAAAGAAGAAAAGACAUAAAGAGAAGGAAACUUCAAUACCGUCAGGAUGUUCAGUUAAUACUGCUUAUGAAAUGUCGAGUAAACCCAUCAGUCAGAAGGAUCCCUCUGUACAGAUGGAUGAAGUACAUGAGAUUUUGGUAUGUGAUUCACCUGAACACCCUAGAACACGAAAGAAUUCACUACCAUCUUGUACUUUAGAUGGUUUAGAUGGGGUGAAUAGCAUGAUAAUUGAUUCGGAUUCAAACUGUAAUGAUACCAGUCAACCUAAUUCAAUAUCGACUGAUCUAUAUAAGGCGAAUCUUGACUCCUCUAAUUCUUCAGAUAUCAUAGAAAUGGUUGUCCAUAAUGAUGAUUAUAAAAAUGAUGACAGUUCUGCAAGUUUAACAACAUCAAGUAAUUAUAGUCAAUCUAAAAGUUCCAAGGUGAGUAUUAUCUUCAAUGGGAAUGAUAAAGAACAUAUUAAAUCAAUUCGAUCACGGUGUACAGUAAAAGAUGUUCUUGAGGAAAUCUCUGAAACUUUUGUUUCUACAAGAAAUAAUCUUGAAGAUGCUGAGAAUGACAAACAAUUCAACCUAUUGUCUAAUAAUCAUCUGGAUGAAUCAUCUCAGUCAAUAAUUAUAAAUGAUACUGAAUUAGGUGUUACAGUAAAAGGAGUUGAUAAAGAAGCUAAGUGUUAUAAGCCAAUUAAACCAAAAGUUCAAGUAAAUUUAUGCCCAGUUGUUGAAAAAGAAGAUGCUUUAGUGCCUUCACAUUAUUAUGCCAAGUUUAACAGAAUAAAAAAAUGUUCCACUAGAAUGAGAUUGAAAAAACAAUCAAAAAAAUCACUGUUAACUUCUUGUAUCUAUUCUUCUACAAUGGAUGAAUUAUCUUCUACAAAAAAUGAAUUAAAAACAUUUUGGUUGAAAAGAGCCGCCAGUUUACAACCAAGCUUCCGAUUACUACGUAAUGCUACACAAUUGUUACGUGAAGUGGAUUUCAGUCGGGUACCAAUAGUACAAUUAUCUCCACUACAAAAUGCAGUUAAACGAGAAGACGACUGUUCAUCAAUUGAAAACAAGAAAGGUGAACUUACAAAGUGCUUAGAUGAUCCAUUGUCUAAUUCAGAAAUUCCUACAGAAGAGAAGAAAGACAUAAAGGUUGAAGAUUGUGUCAGUUCAACGUAUUCAGUUGAUUGUAAAAAAUCUGCCAAUAUACAGAAAAGUUCUUUGGACAAUGACUCGCAGUUAGAUAUGAAAAUCAACAAUUCAUCGAAAGUUCAUACAUCACAGAAAGUUUCAAACUCAUCAUCAUCAUCAUCAUUAUCUAAGCAUAAAGGUAGUCUUAAAUUGAGACUUCGACGUGUCAGUUCAACAGGUUCAUUCACAACAGUUCAACUCUCCAAUUCAUCAAGAAGCAAACGAAAUUCACUGCCUAACACAAAUUUAUCUGACAAGACUGAUGAGAACAUCACAACGGGUAGAGAAUUACGCAGUCGGGUAAAAGCACAACGUUCCGCUAGUCUAGAACCUGAAAUCAAGGAUAGAAAGUCAGUUGGAGGUCUGAAAUCGCAUCAGAGGGAAAGUGAAAGGCAGAGUCAUCAUCGGCACCACCAUCAUCAUCUUCGUCCCCAUCACCACCGCCACCAUCAUUAUGCGCACCAGCUGCAACAACAACAGCAGCAGUCUCAAGCUCAUCAACAAAACCAGCAAUUAAAUAAACGCGUAUAUCCUGUUGCUCAAAAGGAUUGGUUACAUGCUAGAUCCUAUUUUAAUGAUAUUAAUCCGUAUAUUAUGGAUGCUAAAAAGAUGGGGAAUCUGGGACGUUACUUCAAUCAUUCUUGUAAUCCGAAUGUAUUCGUUCAAAAUGUUUUUAUCGAUACACAUGAUCCUCGAUUUCCUGAGGUUGCAUUCUUCACCAAACGGAACAUAGAUGUUGGCGAAGAAAUGACUUGGGAUUAUGGAUACACUGUUGAUGCUGUACCAUAUAAAGUGUUGUAUUGUUAUUGUGGGGAGCCUAACUGCCGAAUACGUCUAUUGUAAUUAGUUGUAUUAUAAACUAUCCUUUCUUGUAAUUUUAUCACUUGUUCAGAAAUUUGUAUUCUAAUCUUUUUAUAUGCUAUGAUUAUUGUUAUUUUUGUAUUAUAUUGUUCUUAUGUUCCUUUUUUUUUUUUAAUACUUUACUAGAGUGAAUAAUAAAGUUGUUUCAGCGUUAAAUAAAAUUCAUAUUUUUUUCUCUGUCAACCUUCAGAAAUAUUAGAUAGUUGUUUGACUUUACAUAUUCACUUAUCUUAUUGGAUGUCUUCUCUUGUUGGGAUUCUCAAAAUCAUAAUUGAACCACAUUAGUUUCUGCUAACUGUAUAUAUGAAAUGGUGUUUUAAACAAUGUAACCUACAGUUGGAAAUAUUUUCUAAUCUCUAUCAUUACGACAUCCUGCUCAAUAUUUACUGUCGUUGUAUUUUCAAUCAUCGAACUGUCAGAGUUCAUGUGAAACGAAAUAAUAUCUUAAACACAUUUGCAAGUUCUGCAUAUAAGGUGUUCACUUUACAAUACAUUUUUUUCUUUACCCGGACUACAGUAAGUAAAAAUGAGUGGCUGUCCAAAUCCUUUCCUACUACUCUUAUUGAAGAGUACAUUAACGGUUUCAUUUUUGAAGUCGAACUUCUAAUU